GCGAUGGGCGGGGCCCGGGCGCGCACGCCUAGUCUUGGGACCCGGUAGGCCCCGGACGCGGAACUUUUGCUGGAGUCGCGGACAUGGAUGGUCGUGCCCGCGGGUCUGCGCGCGCCGUGCUCGCCUUCCUGCUGGCUCCCGCGCUGGUGGCCUUGUUGGUGACACCAGCGCGUGGCCGAAGCGGCCAGGGCCACGGGCACUGGGACGCCACCGGGCUGCUGCCGCCGCUCCCGCCCCGCGAGAAUGCGGCGCUUGUGGCCCGCUUCGUGACGAACCUCUGCGACUGGGGCGCGCUGGCCACCAUCUCCACGCAGGAGGGGGUGCGGGGCAGGCCCUUUGCCGACGUCUUAUCUCUCAGCGACGGCCCCCCAGGCAAGGGCACCGGCGUCCUGUACUUCUAUCUUAGCCCGUUGCAGCAAUCAGUAGGCAACUUGCAGGAUAAUCCAUAUGCUACGCUGACCAUGUCUUUGGCAGAGACUAGUUUCUGCAGGAAAUAUGGAUUUGAUCCUCAAAGUCCCCUCUGUGCUCACACUAUACUAUCAGGAACUGUUAUCAAGGUGAGUGAAGCAGAAAUGGAUGUUGCAAAGAAUUCAUUAUUCAUUCGACACCCUGAGAUGAAAACCUGGCCAUCCAGUCAUAAUUGGUUCUUCGCUAAGUUGAAUAUCACGAACAUCUGGGUCCUAGACUACUUUGGUGGACCAAAAAUAGUGACACCUGAAGAAUAUUAUAAUGCCACAUUUCAAUACUCCUGAAUGAGAAGAUCACAGCAGCCACAGCUGCUGAUUAAUGUUUCAUCCUGUCAGUGUUCCUCUGAAGCAUGUCAGCAUCAUACGUGGAGAGAAGGGAUGCUGACUGAGAUGAAGAUUCCUAGGCCAAAUGCUGAACCAGAACCCAGCAAUCCGCAUUUUAGCAAACUCAGAUGAUUCUUUAGUAUAUUGAAGUGGCUGAAAUUAACUCAAGAUCUUAAACUUUUAGAUCAGAAGUUUCUCUAGUCCUUCUCCAGAAUGAAUUAACUUUUAUGAUUUGUUCACUCAGUUCAAUGAAAUAACUCUUCCUCUCCAGGUGAAGCAGCAUAUGGUGAAUUUAACUUCAUAUGUGAAGUUUCUUGCGAAGUUUCAUACAGACUUGAAAUGCUCAGUGUUUCUCCAUGGAAAUUUCCUAGAAGAUUAGCCAGUUUUCUUUCAUGUUCUGGUUUGUUUCCUUGCUUGCAUGUUUAUGGAAUUGAGUUGGAUUGUUACUGGAUUUCUUGGAAGAUGAACCAGUGGGAUAUAUACUCUUUUCAUAUCUUGAAGCCAAUUUUCUUAGAGACCUAUCUUUCCUUAGGAUCCAAGAAGUUGGUGCCAUCAGUUCCAAAUAAUUUGCCAAUGAUGCUCCUUGCAGAGGAGAUUUAGAUUGCGUAUUGGCACUUGAAAGUAUUCAAUGUGUGUUCUUAAUUCCUGGAAACCACUGUACUAAGGACAGGGCAUCACUCCCCAACAGCUGCUGCCUGAGGCUGUACUAAGGGUCUGGAUCCAGUUACAGUGUCCCUGAAUAAAUCUUGCCCAGGCAGACCAACAGUGAUGAAACAAUUGGAGUGUCCUACUCAUGGUCCGUUUAUGUCUGACAGUUCUGGGUGUUGCUGAUUCAACAUGGGACCAAAACUUUCUUAUAAAUAACUUAAAAGUUUUUCAAAUCCAAAGCGAUAAUUUCCUAGAACAAAGGAAGUCCAUAAAACGUCCUGAAUUUGAUUUCCCCCACUAAGUGGACACCGUAUAGUAUUUCCUCCACUCAAAAUACACACAUACAUGCACUUUUUUUUUUUUUUUUUUUUUUUUUUUUGCCCCAGAAUGGGAUUGCAAAAGAAAGAAGAAAAGAGGGGAUUUUCGUAAGUUGUUUCUGGUAUUCUUUUAUAAGUAAAGUUAACCUAGACAUGGACCAGCUUAAGCCAGGGCCAUAAUCUGUCUCCCAGCCACUCUGUAGCUUUUCUUUCAUACUAAUGAUACUCUCAACAAUGACCUAAGCCUUCCUCAAUUGCUUCAAAUCUCCAAAUGCCUUCUAAUGCUGUUACUACCAAAAUUACAUCAUCAGAGGGAAAAAUAACACAACAUUUUAAAAGCAUAUUUCUUCAGAAAGCAAGAAACUUUUAUUACCUAUAUUUCAGAAGAUGCUAUGAGAUCUCUCAUAAAGAUGUGUGUCAGGAAUCAAGUAACUGACUCCUUAAAUGACUUAAAAGGGAGGAUGUUGAAUAUGAGUUUGAAGACUAUGAAAUGAACUUAUCUGAAAUCCAGCUUCUCUUUUAGAAAAAUGGUAUGUUUUAAAACUUGGCAGAGUACAUUUCUUAUUCAAACCAUUGAUAAUUAAAAGUAUUUUAAUGAAAUGAGUUGGAUUUAUUAAACAGAUUUGUUACACUUUG